AUGAGUGAUGAUAAUAUGGUGUUAGAGUUAGAGGAUACUGAUUCGUAUGAGCCUGAGAAUAUUAAUUCGUAUGAGCCUGAGAAUGUUGAUUUGGGUGAUUCUGUGUAUUCUGAUUUGGAUGAGCCUGGGUGUUCUGAUUUGGAUAAACCUGGUGGUAUUGAUUUGGAUGGGUCAGAAUCUAACGAUAUGGAUAGUAAUGAUAAUAAUGAAGAUACAUUUCAGUCUUCUACAUUAUCACAAACUGAUGGUUCUACUUCUAAUUUGUGGCGACAUUUGAGAAAUAAGCAUCAUAUUUUGCGAGCUAUGGUUGAAGGUGGUCGAGUAAAGGUUGUAGUAAAGAGUAAUAAUAGUUGUGAUUUUUUUGUAAUUCCUGAAUCCUCACAAUCAACAAUAGUCCAGUCAUUUAACAAAGUGAAAAAAUAUGCAUUGAAUAACCCCAAACAAAAAAAUCUUGAUAAUAACGUAGCUGCUUUUAUAGUUGAAGAACUUCAACCAUUUUCAAUUACUCAAUCACAAGCUUUUAAACGAAUAAUUGAAGAACUCGAUACCCAGGCUAAUGUACUUAGUAAUGAUCAUUUAAAAGAAAUUCUCAUUAAUUCUGAGGAUAAAAUUUUGCAAAACCUUCGUGAGUAUGCACAUGAUAGUGCUGAAAUUAGUUACGUUUCAUUUACCACAGAUAUGUGGAUAUCGAAUAAUGGGGAUCCAUAUAUUGGACUUACCCUUCAUUGGAUUAAUAAUUGUUUUCAAGUAAAAGAAAUUACUGGUAACAUCUCGUAUCUCCCAUAUCCUCAUACCUCAGAAUGUCUUUUAAGUAAAAUUGUUGAAAUUUUAGAUAAUCUUCAACUUAAAUGUAUAACUGUUAGUGGCACAGUUGAUAACGGAGCAAAUAUCAAGUUAUGUUUAGAAAAGUUAGAGCGAAAACAUAGCAUUUUUAUAAUUCAUUAUUUUGGAUAUACCUUACAGCUUGCAAUAAAUGAUGUAUUAAAAGAUUGUUCUGAAAUUACUAACCUAAUAAAAAGAUGUAAAGAUGUUGUGUCGCAUUUUAGCGGAAGUCCGAAGCAAAAGCAGUUUCUUCUAGAAGCUCAAAUGGAGAUAGAAGACUGGAAUAACUUUCUUUUUGUAGUUCGUGACGUUUCGAUGUGGUGGAAUUCUACGUUUUAUUUGUUAAAACGAUUAACGAUUCUUAAACCAGCAAUGUAUAGGUACAAGUCAAUUUUAGUUGAAAAUAACGAUAAUAGUUCACUGAGAAGUUAUGAGGAAAAAGAGUUGUCAUCAGAUGAAUGGGAAAAAGUAAAUGAGUUAGUUAAAUUAUUAUAUCCUUAUGAGGUUAUUUCAAAAAAAUUGUCCGGUUCACAGUAUCCAACACUUUCUCAAGCAUGGUUUGCUAUUAAUUUUAUAAAAGUAAAACUUGAUUGUGCAAUAGUAAGUAAUGCUGAUAUUCGAAGGUUUGGAGGUCGUCUUCGUGAAUCAUUGCAGGAAAGAUUUUUAGAACCAACAAAACUGAUUUGA